ACGCACUCACUAUGCUGGAGAGAGUCUGAAGCAGCCAUGGGAAUUCACACUUCCAACUUUAAAGAGUUGGUGCAGUAAACGAAGACUUUUAGUUUUUAUGUCUAUUUCUAUGGGGACGUAUGCGCGUUUUUGACAGUGUCGUCUCUCACGCAGGAUGUUAUUACUGAUGAAACUUGGAAAGCCGGGUAAGAAGACCACAAAGUCUCUCUGAUGAGAACCACCUCCUUCUACCAGGCACACAAAGGGAACCACGGAGCAAGUUAUUUUCUUCCCCGCACACCCACGCCAUUGUUUUCUUUUUGGAUGUCAUAGUGGGGGGGCUCGUUGAAAGACAUCAUGGAUCACUUUGCAGCGGAGUGCCUUGUCUCAAUGUCCAGCCGUGCGGUUGUCCACAACAGCGAGAUGAAGUCGGAAAACCCCUCACCUUCCUCCAGGAACCCAGAGGACGUGAAAGAACCUCUGGUGAAGGACAACUCGUCUUUGUACGUGGUGGCCAGGAUCCUGGCGGAUUUUAACCAGCAGACUCCCAACGAUUUGCAUGGCGAGCAGUCAAAAAGCAAGGAGGAGAACACGCCGAGCCUGACGGAGGAUGGGAACUGUGCCACACCUACCACCAUCUCGGAUCCGUCGUUCAAACAAAGGGGCAAAAGAUCGAGAGGUCGAAACGAGCCCGAGUCCCCCCAGAAAAAGCACAAAUGCCACUAUUCUGGUUGUGAAAAAGUUUAUGGCAAAUCGUCGCACCUAAAGGCGCACCUCAGGACGCACACAGGAGAGCGUCCGUUCCCUUGUACCUGGCCCGACUGCAGUAAGAAGUUUGCCCGCUCGGACGAGCUGGCCCGCCACUACCGCACCCACACGGGAGAAAAGAAAUUUGGCUGCCCGCUUUGCGACAAGCGCUUCAUGCGCAGCGAUCACCUGAUGAAGCACGCCCGCCGCCACUCGGAUUUCCAACCCGGCAUGCUCAAGAGGCCCCACAGCGGCGUGGUCGGCGGUGGAGUCGGCAUUAGCCACACCGCUCGUCCCAGCUCUCUCAGCGACUACAGCCGCUCGGAUGCCUCCAGCCCCACCCUCAGCCCCGCCCUCAGCCCCGCCAACUCGCCUUAAAGUAAAAAAAAAAAAAAAAAUCGCACUUUCAGCCUCCAAUGCGGCGAGGUUUUUUAUCAUAGUGACACUUAUGUUGCACACUUCUGUCAGCAGCAACCCUCCCACCCCCUUCUUUGCUAUUCCUGCGCUUGCUGUGGUAAACCAUACUGUAUAGAACUGCUUAUUGUAGUGCAAUGACUUGUGUAAUCUUAUAAGAAGGUAAUGCCUUUCCCAGAUGGCAAUAUUUACGUUCUCUACCAUAUGUCUGUACUUCUCUUCUAGUCAUGGCUGUUGGCUGUCUUUGCAACAACAAAACACCAUUUCAAAGAAAACAACACAGCCCUGAUGAGUCUUAUCAAAAAUCUUUAAUUUUGUCUUUUAUUGUUUUGUUUUUUAAUUGUUUUUUUUUUAAAAACGGGUGAUGACGAAGCAUACACACUCUUAAACAAACACACGCACCUCAGGAUUGAAGACAGUUUCUCUAAUACCACAAUACUUCACAAACAGACUGCACAAUAUACUCAUCACUUUACUCCAAAGUUCAACCAGUGGUUGGAUUUUUGGCCCUGCUCAGGGAUGGCCUUGUUAGCUUGAACGAAUGGAGAGAAACAGUCAGUCCACCCUCAUAUACGUCUCUAACUAUACACAGUAUAUCAGCCUUACACUCAACACACUUUUGCACUCUUUGUUUUGUCUGUAAAACAUCAUGUGUCAUCCAUCCGAGCAAACGAUAAUUGGCUUUUUCAUACAGUACAACUUUCAAAGCAGCUGUUCAUACAAAAAUUGGCGUAAAGGGAUCCCUCACUGAAGCACACUGGAACAAAACUA